AUGGCUACCACUAAAGAACUUGAUGUCAGGUGGAUCCGAAGAUAUAGAAUAUUUUGUUUAGGUGGAUGUGUUAUAUGCGUUAUUCAAGUCUUCCUAGCUUAUAUAUUUUUUACAAUUCAUGCAGAUGAUGGAAAAAUUCUUGGGAAAUAUAUUAUUAGCAAAAAGGCUCCUUUGGAGCUAUUUGAUGAUCGAAAUGAUGUCGAAUCUUCAAGGAGGUUUAAAGAAGGGUUAGAUGAUGAUGAAGAUGAUAGCCCCGGAAACAGUAAUGCAGUUGAAACGAGAUUAAAAGUUCCACCUGAUAAAACUGAAAGUAAAAAUAGAAACAAAGUGCCUGCAAAAUCAAAAACAGAUUCUCACAGUCCAGAUGCCACACACCGCAGCAAUAAAACAUUCAGUCUUCGGCUAGAAGAGCUUGAUUUCGUGCCAAUGUGUGAGAUCACAGGUCGGGAGGCUGUGUCAGCCAUACAUCGCGCAAAGACGCAACAUUGCAAACAGCUCUUGGCCAACAUCACGUGCCUUAACCUGCAAGGAGACUUGUAUCCCCAUCAACUUCCACACCUGUGUCCUAACAAUGGAAUGGAAGCAGGAAAAUUGCUGGGAUGUUACAAGGACGAGAAAGCCUUCCGUCUGUUGUCUGGCUACUAUACCAAUCUGAAGACAACCAACUCUCCUCAAAACUGUAUCAACUUGUGCCUUCAGUCUGGCUUUCCGUAUGCUGGCGUGCAGUAUGUCAAUGAGUGUUUCUGCGGCAACGACGAGCCGCUGUCCACUGCUCGACUCCCAGACUCGUCGUGUAACAUGAAGUGUCCUGGGGACCCUAGGGAAGCUUGUGGAGGGUACUACACCAUGAAUGUCUACCAGACAGGGAUAGCUAAGUUUAGCGCACAGCCACCCAGUGAACUGCGGCGUGACGGGGAGGGAGAGAGGGCGGAGGGCAGUGAGGGCGUGUCUCGACCCGUCAGAGUUGCCUUCCUACUCACUCUCAACGGCCGAGCUGUGCGACAGGUCUAUAGACUUAUCAAGGCUCUCUUCCAUCGGGACCACUACUUCUACAUUCAUGUUGAUGCGAGACAAGACUACAUGUUCCGUGAACUGUUGGCGCUAGAGAUGCAGCUCAGCAAUGUAAGACUGUCUCGCAGACGACACUCUACUAUCUGGGGAGGAGCUAGUCUACUCACGAUGUUGCUAGAGAGCAUGCGCGAGCUGGUAGAUGCUGAUUGGGAGUGGGACUUUGUCAUCAACCUCAGCGAAUCAGACUUCCCUGUCAAGAAAAAUUCCCAACUGGUGGAAUUCUUGACGUCCAACAGAGAUUUGAACUUUGUGAAGUCGCACGGGCGGGAAGUGCAGCGCUUCAUCCAGAAGCAGGGGCUGGACAAGACGUUCGCGGAGUGUGAGGCACACAUGUGGAGGGCCGGAGAAAGACGACUGCCGUGGGGAGUGGUGGUGGAUGGAGGCAGUGACUGGGUGGCGUUGAGUCGUCCGUUUGUCACCUACCUGACCAGAGAGCCGAGGGACGACCUGAUCUCCGGUCUGUUGACGGUGUUCAAGUACACACUGCUACCGGCAGAGUCGUUCUUCCAUACGACGCUGCGCAACUCAGAGUUCUGCGCCAGUUAUGUGGACAACAACCUGCAUGUGACCAACUGGAAGCGACGACUCGGCUGCAAGUGUCAGUACAAGCAUGUGGUGGACUGGUGCGGCUGUAGCCCCAACAACUUCAAGACUGAGGACUGGCUAAGGUUACAGGGCACUGAUCCAAGGCCGUUGUUCUUUGCAAGAAAGUUCGAGCCUAUAGUCAACCAGGAAAUCAUAUUCCAACUGGAAGAAUGGCUGUAUGGACCUUAUCCAAGUAAUGUGAGCAGUCUGCACAGUUACUGGGAGAGUGUGUACCACUACCAGGAUGUGUCUCCGCAGUAUGAUGACACUCUAGGCACUGUGGCUGCCUCACUGACACGUCACGCCACCAGACAUCUGAGCGACUCUGCUGUACAUUGUAGCGUCUCUGCAGUCAAGGUGUACGAGAUCACCUCCUACUUACACAAUGACUACUACAAGGGCACUUUAAUUAAGUACUCAGCCAAGGUUAAAGGACAAGAUAACCUAAUGACGUUAGAAACAUGGUUUCGUCCUCAGAGCAAUUUCACUGUCUUGCACAACAGUGGGUUUGCGCAGAGAAUCAAGGCUCUGGUGGUAAGCUCCCAGUUUGACCAGAAGGAGCAGAUGUUCCGCAACUUGGCCCGAGUGUUGGGUGUCUGGUCGGAGCCUAGUGUGGCCGUUACAUUGGUGAGUGGCUCUAGUGGAGCAAACCUGACACUGCUCUGGGUCGACCCGACAGGUGUCUUGGCAGACGUAUCAGAGGCCAGUGUGGAUGAGACUUCUGCGAUAUACAAUGUAAAGCCCACACUGAAGACUCCUCUACUGCCAGGAGUGUGGUGGCUGAAGGUAGUGGUGGACAAUAGAGUGGUAGCUCACACUGACUUUCUUGUGUCUCCACUUCAGUUCUCUUCCGGUGUAGUCCUCACACAGCAACAGGCCAGGUUUCAACACAGUGGCCCCACACAGUCGUACCAUGUCCAGGACUCCCCUCUACAGGACCUGCUUGAUGCCCCUGACCCUAGCCUAGCGGUCAGAGCAGAGGCCAACGCUCACAGAUACGGCAAGGACCUCACUCAGUGGAUCGACACUCUAGUGGCUAGGUUCUACUCAGUGGUUGAGUCUUGUGCUGUCACGUCCUCUACUCUAGAACUGUGUCAGUCUCUACAGCUGGAGCCGUGUGUCUCUACGUCAUGGAGCUCACUCACUCCAGACCCCAAGUCCACUGUCACGGCCAUCAACAAAACCACAGGCCGACUGUCCAGGUGGUGACCAAGGUUACGGGCCCCAGACUAGGGGCAACUUGCCAAGCCUACACUGAAUUGAUGUGAUACAGAAGACCAUAUUUAUAUAUUUUUGUGAAGAAUGUAAAAUGUACCUAAGGGCCAUUCUUUGUGAGCUGUAACAUGGUAACUUGUUGCCAUUGUCUUGACAGAAACACCAGAAAACACUCACAUAGAACGGUCCAAAUCACCCUCUGUUUGUCCCUGAUUGAAGACUUUUCGUAGAAAUAUUAUUUGUUUAAUGAUUUCCAAACUAAGUGUUUAAUUCAAUUCAAUUCAAUUCAAAACCACUUUAUUCAUUUCCUGUACAUAAUACAUUGAAUACGUGCCUCAUUGUAUUAACAUAUUGCUGCUGCUGUAGUUUUUCUCUUGGUUACAAUCUUUUUUGAAAAUCAUCAAAUUCUAGCAUUUUUUAUAUCAGCUGCAGUGAAAACACAUUUUAAUUAGUUUAAUUCAAAACUUAAAAUUAAUUAGUUUUUUUUUACAAAAAUUUAACAUGAUUAUUGUAGUUUAUCUGGUUUAUUUUGCGAACAUGACAAUGUUUACUCUCUGGUGCACAUAGUGGUGUCUGUGUUACCUUAAUUGGGGGCAAACAAAUUGUGGUCAAAUCUUAAGAUCUUACCCAAACGUUGUUGUUCUCAGUUUUACCAUUAUUUAGUGUAGUCUUAAAACACAACUUUUAAAUAAUUACAAUGAGAUUUUUUCAAGUUUAAGACUUACACAGCGAGUCUGUUUUAAGCAUUUUAAAUAUGUUGUAAUGAAACUAAAUUGUAAUUUGUCAAUUGUAUAGUUCAUACACAGUAACAAACUUGGACUUCUUGAUAUUCUUAUUCAGGGUAAGAUCUUUGAGAUUAUUUAGGUAAAAUAUUUUAAGUGCCACUCGAUCAUCAAGUCGAUUGUAUUAGUGCAUUAAAUCUCAUCAUCACAGAUUGUAAAAAAUCAGAAAAUGGGUAUGCUAGAAAAUGUCUUAGUACAUUCUGAAAUUUGAAAAAAUAAGAUACAGUUGAACCUCUAUAAGACGAAUUUCAAGGGGUACGGGAAAAAUUCGUACUAUAGAGGUAUUCUUAAUAAAGAGGGUCGUUUUAUCGAGGUUUAAUGCUGCUGUUAUUCUUCUUAUAGAGGUUUCUCCUCGCUCCAAGGUUUCUCCAAAAACAAUGACUGAGGAAGGAGGAGGGAUGGGUGGGGGUUUCAUGUUGAGACAAGCUUCUGUUUGGAGUACAAACUACGUACUAUGGAGGUUAAGAUUAUGAUAAAUUCGUCUUAUAGAGGUCACGUUCGUCUUGUAGAGGUUUUGUGCUAAGAAUAUUCGUUGUAUAGAGGUUAAUCAGUCCUAGUCCAUGUCACAAACAAAUUCGUCUUAUGGAGGUUUUUAACUUAAUUACUACGUUGUAUAGAGGCGUUUUUAGCAUUGACCUAUAUGAAAGUGUCAAGGGGAUUAAGAAAAAUUCGUCUUAUCGAGGAAUUCGGUUUAUCGAGGUUCGUACAAACGAGGUUCAACUGUAUCUGUUUUAGUGAUUUAAGUGUUUAAGUUUAAUAAUCUUGGGGGUUUACCUUUAGGUAGUGUGUUGUUAGCCUGAUGGUUAGCAUCUCAAACAAGUCUGGUUCAACUACUAUAAAAAAUUGGACUAAUCUCUUAAAUAAUUUGUGUAACUCUAAAUAAAAUUGUUUGUAAUUAAUAAAAAUUACAGCUAAAAUAUUGUGGUUUAAAGUAAUUUAGACUAAAGCAAAAAUUCAUGAAAGUUUUAAUGUUUUCAAUUUUGUACUGAAUAAAAAAUCUUCAGCGGACAUAUUACUUAAUCUUUGCCACUAUUAAAAUAUUUGAAGGUAAACUUUAAAUUUAGAAAUUAAGUUUGAGGUUUUAAGCCACUUAUGUCAGACUCUUAAAACUGCUAAAAUAUAAAGAAUUUCUAUAUCUUUACCAGUUUUAGCUAUAAAUGUGAAGAGCAAUUAAAACCCACAAUUCAUUCAAAGUAGCCAUUAUUUAUAAAAUCUGUGAUGUCGAGAUGCAAGUUUUAGCAAUAAUUGAUAGGCAAUGAGACAUGAAGCAUGAUCAAACUAAAGAUAUUCUAGGUUAAUGUAGAUUUACUAACUUAAUACCACACUAGUCUUGAAUCUUCUGCAAUUUUUACAUAUAUUUAUUUUAUGUAGCUUUAUUUUAUAAGAGUUUAAUUAAUAAGCGUAUAUUAUUUGUAAAUUUGAAUGUUGAAUGUUUUAGUGGUAUGUUGUUUAUAAAUGCUUUAUUUUACCUAUAGCUUUUUAGCUGCCGUUUGAAUAUUUGUAAAAUAUUUAGAAUUUUUAAGUGUGUAUAAUAUUGUGUGAUUGUCAAAAGAGAAUCUUAACCGGUCCUAAAAGUAACCAAUCAACAUGUUAUGGAUACAAUUGACCAGGUGAAAUGGUUUGUCAUACAAACUAUUACCGUAUACUAAAACAACUAGUCGAUUAUGGUGUGAAAUUUGUAUUUAAAAAUUUGUAACAGAUAAACAGAUUGUAUUUCAACAUGUUCAGUAAAAUUAUUUUUUAAAGAUAUAUUUACACUCAAUGUACUGUACUCAUAUACUCAAAGGUAAAUUGAUAUGAAAUGGUAAUAGAAUGCUUAAAAUUGGUAAUGAAUACUUAAUACCAUUAGUCCUCUGGAUAAUAAGUUUCUAAAGGUCCUAGCAGUCAAAAUUUAACUGUUUAGUUUAUUAAUAUCUAUAUUUAAAAACUUUAUUUAAAAUUUACAUUUCUUUGUACACUUUUACAGAUUUUUCUUCCUUAAAGUUUAUAAAAAUAUAAACGUUGUUUUCCAUUUAUCCUUUUGUUUUACGCCUUUUGAUCAUCUUGGUUAGUUGUUUU